AUGACAUGCAGUUAUUAUCUUACGACAGUUGGAGUGCUUAUCGGACCAUUAAUUUUACCUCAAAAAUUUCCAACUGAUGCUGUUUAUCCCUUCCCUGUUGAGCAUCCAAUAGUUAAAUGUCUUGUUUAUCUUCAUCAAUGUAUUGUUGGUUUUCAAUGUUCAGCAGGAAUGGCUUUGGAUUGUCAAAUUGCUCUAUUUUUAUGGUAUUUAGGAGCCAGAUAUGAAAUAUUGGCUUCCAAAGGUAAAAAUAUAACAAGUAUCAAAAGUUUUCAUGCUUUCAUUGAAGAACAUCAAGAUUUACUGUCAUGUACAAACGAAAUUAUUCAUCCAAUUAAAGUCAUUACACUGGCAACCGUUAUUUCAACUCGAAUUGGAAUGAUAUUCGGUGGCAUUGUACUUGUUUCGUCAAGUACUUUGAUGUCAGAUAAAAUAUUCGAAACAUGUUUUUAUCAAACACCAAUCAUGAGGACAAAAUGGUGUUUUAUAAUUCAAAGAACACAAAAACCAGUUAUUAUUAAAGUUUCUGGCAUCUUCAAUGCACUGUCUUACGAAUUUUAUUCAACGUUCCUCUCGACAGCAUUUUCCUAUUUUACUGCGCUGCGUGUGUUAGUAAAGUCUUAG